AGACCACAAUGUAACAGUUAAUGAAAAUGUGAAGGUGCAUUUAAUCACAAAAGUAAUGCAUGUUAAACGGAAAAACAAAUGGAUAUCAUGCAUUUCUUAAACUGUAAUAGCAAUGAGGGCAUACAAAGGGGUUUUAAGCGUUAAAGUUUAGCUUAUAACAGUUUCCCACUGCCAUCUCUUCUUUCAACCUUUCUGCAUCUGAACCUCUCAUUUCUGACAAUUAUCAGAGAACUUCUUUCUGAUGAAAGAUAAAUGCUCUUCAAUACACAAUUGACAGUACAUGCAUUUAGCAGAACAAGAAAUUAUAAUGAUGAAAGACUGGUAAUACAUAUGAAGUACGAAGUAUUAAAUACAGAGUAUUGAUUAUUUCCCGCGUCAUAGAUUAUAUCGAACCGUUAUAAUAAAUCCAAUGACGAGUCGUGUAACUGUCAAAGUUUAUAAUCUGAACCUGAUGCACCACCUGUAAACAAUAACAGGAAGCAAAGCAGCUUCUUUCUAACCACCACAAGUCACAACAUAAGUCAAUUCCCUCUAGUAACAAACUACACCGACAAAUUUCAAGAAUUCCCUCUUAUUGGGCUUUUUCUUCUACCAUUUUUUCAUCAAAGGAAAGAAAAAUAAAAAUACAAAAAAAAGGGCAGGGAAAUUCUUCUAUCAUCAGCCUAUUUCAAUUUUCAAUAAGCACAGUCUAACCCCAGCAGCACAUCCAGCGUUUUAACAUUGAAAAGGGUGCACAUAGGACUAAACCCACAUGAUACACAAGGCUACCUUUUGGCUUCUCUUCAUUAAACUACUACAAUACUUCCUAGCCAUUGAUGCUGAAAUUCCGGCGGUCAUAGUCUUUGGGGACUCCUCUGUUGAUACAGGGAACAACAAUGAGCUCUCCACAAUUUUGAGGAGCAACUUUGAACCAUAUGGUCGUGAUUUUUUUGGAGGCGAACCCACUGGGAGAUUUUCCAAUGGUCGUCUCCCAUCAGAUUUCAUCUCUGAGGCAUUUGGGCUGAAACCAGUAGUCCCUGCCUUCUUGAAUCCUAAUUACAACAUAGAUGAUUUUGCUACAGGAGUUUGUUUUGCAUCAGCAGGAACAGGGUAUGAUAACGCUACGUCUGAUACGCUAGUAAGUCUUCUAACUACCAAAAAAAAAAAAAAAAAGCAAACAUUCUACUAUAGCUAGAAAUUCUUGAUUCAUAAAGUGUUGAACCUUCUAAUGUGCCUAAAUUUGGUGUUCUUGUUCCAAGAGUUCUAACACUUCUAAGUCUUACCUAUAUAAGGAUGUAAAAAGCUAACAUAUUGUGCAUAAUUAUAAAAUGCAGUCUGUUCUCCCACUAUGGAAGGAAGUAGAGUAUUAUAAGCAAUACCAGCAGCAGCUGAGGGACUAUGUUGGUGAUGAGAGAGCUAACACAAUUCUUGAAGAAGCAGUAUACCUAAUAAGUAUUGGAACCAAUGAUUUCUUAGAGAACUACUAUGCACGCCAUAAAAGACGAUUGGAAUUUAGUAUUGAAGAGUACCAAUAUUUCCUCAUUGGGAUUGCUAAUGACUUCAUUAAAGAACUAUAUAAUCUUGGAGCUCGUAGAAUAUCACUCGGUGGCCUACCUCCGAUGGGAUGUUUGCCAUUGGAAAGAACCAGAAACAUCAUGUUUAAGCGUCAAUGCAUAGAAGAAUACAACCAGGUAGCUAGAGAAUUUAAUAUGAAAUUGGCAAAUUUGGUCGACAGGCUAAACACAGAGCUGAAGGGAAUACAGCUAUUAUUAUCAAACCCUUACGACAUUCUCUUAGAGAUGAUUCAAAAGCCAUCUUCUUUCGGUAAGAUAUUUUCACUUAAAACUGAAAGGGCCCAGCCUGAAAAGUGUGAAGAAAUGCAACAAACAUUUUCAGUCACAUGAUAUAUCAUGCUAUUUACCCUUUCAGAUACCAACUAAUGUUUUGCAACAGCUAGCUGGCUUUAAACUCAGCCAUUGGGCAGUUAAAUCCUUAAAAUCAUACAUAGCACAACAUAAUGCAUUAAAUUUCAAGCUUCAUGGCUCACAUUUUUCAUGAAAUCAUCUUGCACUUCAUGCAAAAAUUACUUUUCUGUUUAAACCAAACAAAAAUUUAUAACCUUUCUUUUUAAGUAAACUUGCAAGAAAAUACCCUUAUCGGGCCUUAUAUAUACUAUAAGUCAAUUCUUGGAAUGAGUAAAUAAAAUGUAACUUUACAACUGUUUUAUUAUAAAAUUUAUUUUUAGGAGAAUACAAAUACGAGUAGUUAUUAUUUAUUUGCUAUGAAAAUUAUAAAGCAUUAUCAUACUAAUCUCCGUCCCAUAUUAUAGUGCCUAUUUCAUUUUUCAUGGUCAAACUUCAAAAACUUUGACUAAAAAUUCUCAUCAAUAUACACAAAAAGAUAUAAUCAUCUGAGAUAUGUUGUUGGAUUCAUCUCAAUGUGUAGUUUUAUAAUAAAUAAUUUAAAUUUCUAUUAAUACUUAAUAAAAGGCAUCGAUGGACAAAUGUACGUCUUGAAGAUCGUGCAAAAUAAAAUAGGCACUACAUUUUUGGACAGAGGGAGUAUUUAUAACUGCCAACACAUUCAAGUAAUUAAUGUAUAUGGAUGCUUAAUUUCUUAUUUUCAGGAUUUGACAAUGCAGACAUAGGAUGUUGUGCCACUGGAUAUCUUGAGAUGGGUUAUAUGUGCGAUCAACUCAACCCAUUCACAUGUAAAGAUGCUGAUAAAUAUGUAUUUUGGGAUGCUUUCCAUCCCACUGAAAGAACAAAUGGUCUUGUAGCUGCUCAUCUGAUGAAGAAAUGGUCAACCAAGUUUCUAUAAUUGACAACAAGGUAUAUGAUCCCCUCCUACAAUGCAAUGAGGCAUCAUGUGCAAUUGUGCAUACCACAUUACAUCAGAGUAAGACUGUAUAAUAUAAUUUUCAUCAGACACCUUAAUCCUUAGUUCCUUACUCCUUAGAGUAAAUAAUCCUGUUAAUUCAUUGUCUAAGAUCCUGAAACAGAAUCUAAUUGCAAAAAAAAAUAAAAAAUAAAGAAAAGAGAGAGAGAGAGAGAGAGAGAGAGAGAGAGAGAGAGAGAGAGAGAGAGAGAGAGAUGCCUCCUAUUUCAUUUCCACGCUUCCCAACUUUGACAAGCAAAAUGAUAAAAUAAGUUUCUACUUAUUCUGUAGAUUUAUGUUGAUUGCAGGUUGGCAAGAACUUUCAUAUGCAGUUAACAGAAUGUAAAGCAGAAAAACAAGAGCCUAAUUAUGAUAUAGUAUUGCAACAACUAGCAGAGGAUGGCAUGAACCUUGAAUACAGAG